AUGGAUACUGAAGAAUCUCCAGCUCAAGAGCCUACCACAAAUCCCAGUGAACCUUCCGCGAGAAGCGAGCCUAUCCCAAAUGGAGAACCAAGACCACCUACUACAACACCGACUUCUUCUAGUUCUCGACCACGUCGACUAUGGUCGAGACUAGAAUCUGCCAGGAAUCGUUUAAAAGCAUUGGAACCUUCCAACUCGCCCUCUUCUUCCUCUCAACCUCAACCUCAAACUCAAGAUGAUGGCCCCUCUUCCCAAGGGGGCUCCCUGCCCGAAGAUCGCGACGCCUCAACACUCAAUGAGAUCAUCGAUGUUGAAGCGACGGGGAAUGGGACUGCCGAUACCUUGCCCACCAACGAGCCACCCACCGAGAGGCAGCCUGCUUCCGAGACUGCUGCUCACGCUUCACCGACCUCAGGACACAACGAGGACGAGAGCAAACCCGACACUAGAAACCCACCCCCUGAAUCGUCCGAGCAAGGUCGUGGUGCUGACUCUCCGCCGCCCAUGUCAGUGGAUAAAGCCGCCGAAGAUGCCACCAAGCUUUUAGGUCUGAACUUCGGGAUCCUACUUUGGACCCUCGUGUAUCGCGUCAUCAACCUCGAGCACUUGCAAGGUUUCAACCCAGAUGAAUAUGACAAAAUCCAGAAUAUUUCCGUCGAUGUUGGACGAAAGCUGCAAGAUACGCAAUGGCACAUGAGACGGAAACAGCAGGCAACGCCAGAAGAACACUCUGGUACAGCAACAACUCAGAUGCCAACAGAAACAAAGCCUGAAAGUAUCGUGACGGCAAUGGCUCUGACGCCAACGGUAGGAAUGUCCGAGGUGAUCAUAACAACACCAGCUCGGAUACGGGGUCACAUAGCCCAGGCCAUCAAGGAAAUGAAAGUACUUCAAGCCGAGUCCCCAGAAACAGUAGAAGCCAAGUCUGCUUGGCUACAGAGGUCGGACGAAUUUGGCAAGAGCCGUUUGUGCCCUCUCCAAGAUCAGGCGGAGGCGAUACUAGUAGCGGAAACCGUCUCACCAAAGGAGCGAAUUGCGACAGCGAAGAGUAUCCAAGAAAUGAAUGCAGUUAUAGACGCCUUGGUUGAUAAACGGAGCACGGCACGGGCUGCAAUUGCACAAGCUACGGCAGCAGAGCUAUCAAAGAUGCCGCAAGCCAUACCAGCUCAGACACCGACGGAACCGCAAGUGGCACUAACUCAGGCGGCACAAAGGGCUCAAAAACUCGAGACACUAAGAUGUACAGUGGCUCAGCUCCCAGAGAUCGCGGAGGAAACAGAGCUUCCGCUAGCUUUGAAGAAGACGGCAGCGGAAGCUGUGAAAGCCUUGAAGAGGUCACGAACUUCACUGCCCACGCACCUCCAGAGAAACGGUGCCACGCCGGCUCACAUGUGGGAGGCAGCCCGGGUCUUCAGGGACUUCAAGCUAGCGGAAGCGAUCAUCACUGCGAGGCUGAAGCUAACAGGAGUUACGGGGGAAGAGCCAGCAGCAGAUAAACACGCUGGCCCAACUUACCCUUGGGGAAUUUUCAAGGAACUGGAAGAGGCCGCCAAGACGACCAUGGACUACGAAGUCUCCAUGGCACGACCAGGCUUUGAUAAACGUGAGGGAAAUCUCCGUGACGCCACAGGGGCUCAGCUGAGAUUGAAGAGGAUCAAGUUUUUGUUGCGUUCGAUAACGGCUCAGUGUGCCAGCCUAGGGUUGGACUUAGUCUUGCAAGGAAAGCGUUCUGUAUAA